GAAAGGAGUCGGACCUCAGUGACUCUAGAGGAAAAAAAAUGGCAGCUGCAGAAGGAGUCAGUGAAACCCAGAGCUCUGAAACGGAAUCUCCGAAACUUUCCGAUUUGCUCGAUUACGGGUGGAAAGUGUUUGACGACGUGGACACCACGAACGAGCCCACCGGAUCCCACCCAAUCCAAGUUAAAGUCAAGCGUGGUAUUAUCCAGCUGGAGGAGGCUACGCGUAUGGCCGCUCAACUCGACUUGUUCAGUCGGAAUGAAGAGUUAGAAGAAAUAGCGACAGCCGAUCUAAAAUACUUGUUGUUACCUGCGCUUCUUGGAGCUCUGACGAUGAAGCAGGUGAAUCUGGCAAAGCGACUGGAGCAAGUCCAGAAGGCUAGGGCUUACUUCGUGGAUUUUCUCAAACGAUGCAAAGAGUAUGACAUCAUGAAGUUCGAGCUCCCGAACUCAGUCGAGAGCCCCGACGGGAAUUCCAAUGAAACAUCCGAAGAUUUGGGCAAUGGGCCGCCGCCAUCUUUCCACCCGCCGGACCUGAUCGCCAUGGCAACUCAGAGACAAGCCAAGAUAGAAAGAUAUAAACAGAAGAAGGCAACUGAAAUGAAGCUGUCAGAGAUCAAAGCCGCAGUAGAGAGUGGGCAAGCAGAAGAUGAAAUUGUGCGAGACUUCUACCUCCUGAAUGUUCGGAAAUGGAUUACCAUUGCCGUGGAGGAGAUUGAAAGCAUUGAUCAAGAGAUGGAAAUUUUAAAGAGAAUGAAUGUACUUAAGAAGCACUCUGCCGAACCACCACAACGACAGCAGCAGAGACCUCCAAUGAAACCAUUCAUUCUUACAAAAGAUGUAGCUCAAGCUAGAGUCUUUGGUGCGGGAUAUCCCAGCCUUCCUACCAUGACUGUGAGUGACUGGUAUGAACAGCAUAGGAAACAAGGAAUGCUUCCUGACCAGGGAAUCCCCAGGAGUGCAGCUGACGUUGAUAACGAGGAGCGUGAGAAGGAAGAGAAGGAGAGGCAGAUUGAAAACGAUGAUGAGGAGGCCUUGCAGAAGGCACGUGACUGGGACAACUGGAAGGACACGCAUAGGAGAGGCUAUGGCAACCGUAAAAAUAUGGGCUGAAGCUCCAGGCCCUGCCACAGUCCACUCCAGUUUUGUGAAUUGAUGUGCAGUUUUCACUGUAUUAACCUUGUGAGACGCAAUGAUAAACGCUUCAAUUGAAAUGGCUGACAUUUCUCCCUGGCAAAAAGAUGUCAAGAAAUAGAACUUGCCGUUUCAAGUUGGGUUAGUGAAUUGUUGAGAGAGGUUUAUGUGGCUUUUUAUUUUCUGUCACAGCUUUUACAGUCUGUGUAUGUAUUGACUAUGAAUUGGCUAUUGACUAUGAAUUGGAAUGUUAACCCUGUUAACAAAGGGAUUUUUUAAAUGAGUAUUCUUCCUUGGGGACAUCUGUCAACAUGAGGAAGAUGUGCUCUUUAAGCCAAAAUAGCCUUGUUUAAGCAGGUUCACAUGCCUUUUGAUAUUAAACGUUUCCUGUUCCUUAAUGUUUUGUUUCCUGGUAAUCCAGCCCCCAGUAAAAUUCAGUGAUUUGUUUUAUAUAAAUGCUUAAUUUAUGCUACGCCAUACCCAGAAACCCACCCGUUUAGUUAAAAUUGAAGUUGGGUUUGGUUUGUGUGAAUUAUCAGGUAAGUGUAUAGUUAGCUAUUGAGGUUGCCAUAACAGAAAAAAACAGUAUACAAAUUAGUCUUAGGAGGUCAAAAGUAGACUGGUAGGUCUACUCCAUCUACUGUACAAUUAAAAGAUUUGUUUUUAAUAUUGUAGUGUUAUUUCCAAGGAAAAUUGGUAAGUGUGCAGUAAUGAAACUAACAAUCUUUAGGGUAUUUUCAAGUUAAAUUUCCAUUAUUUUUACAGUGAAAAAAAACACUACUCAACACUGACAGUGGGUUUAGAUAUUUAACUUAGUCUUAAAAACAGCAGCCACUGCAUUUGACAGAUUUUCUCAAGGUUUUGAAAAAUGCACCCAUCUCCUCUUCCAGUGAAAUGCUGAAAGUAAAAAGCUGAAAACAGAUUCUAAGCAACUUUCUGUAUCUGAAUUUUUGAAUGACUGCUUAGGUGACUUCAACAUAUACAAUAUUUGUUUAACAUAAAAAGUAAGGAAUUGUGCAUUUAAUAAUCGGUUAGUUCCUGCACAGGCAGCUGCUGUAUUUUAAGUUUUGCAGGUAAAUUUUGUGUAGAUAAACUUUGAGAAGUAAUUUUCUGCUUUAUGUCAUGCUGUUGUUCAGAUUUGGUAUUUAUGUAGGUUCAAUCUUAAACACAGAACCAGUGCUAUUCCAAGACAUCUUGGUAUGCAAUGUUUUAAUUAUAGUGAGUGGCCUCUUUUUGUGUUUAUAUUACCUACCUGCAAUAUAUUUGAGCCAAAAAAAGAAGUCUCUUUAUUUUGUGAUGAAACAAAAGCUACAGAAUUUUGGACAUUGUCAAAAGUUCUAUAAAUUGUUUCCUUUUGCUGAAACUUUUUUUUGGGUGUUUUACAUUAUAUUGCUUAAAUAAAGGUGUAAAUCAUGUCCCAUUA